AUGUCGUCCGUUGCCCUUCGUCUCUCCACUCGAAGCUCCUUAUUUUCCGCAACCGAUCCUUCCUUCUCCCUCCCCCCUUCCUCUCGCAGCAGCAGCAGCGGUAGCGUCAGCCGUGUAGGUAGCGGUGAUCCUCCCUUCUCUCUUCCCCUUUCGUCUCGCAGCAGCAGCAGCGGUAGCGUCAGCCGUGUAGGUAGCGGUGAUCCUCCCUUCUCUCUUCCCCUUUCGUCUCGCAGCAGCAGCAGCGGUAGCGUCAGCCGUGUAGCGCAACGCCUCCUCCCCUUCCCCCUCCCUUCCGCCCCCUUCCCCCCCUCCCCCCCUCCCCGCUUCCCCCUUCCUCUUUCCCCCUUCCCCGCCCCCCCUUACCCCCUCCCCUUUCGCCCCUCCCCUUUCUCCCUUUCCCCUUCCCCUUCCCCCCUUUCCCCUUUCCCCUUCCCCCCUUUCCGCUUCCUCUCCCCCUCGCCCGCUCCUUCCUCUUCCCCACCUGCCCGUUGCCCCCCCCCUUUUCUCUCGUGCCUUCCAGUCUCCUUUCUUCGGGCAGCCAGCACGGUGGGCGCAGCAGCAGCUGCCAGCAAGGUCCUGGGCCUCAUGCGAGAGAUGGUGCUUGCUGCUGCCUUUGGCGUUGGUCCAGUCAUGACUGCUUUCAGUUAUGCGUCGCUGAUCCCAACCUUCUGCCUGUCGCUGCUCGGAGGUGUAAACGGUCCCUUUCACAGCGCCAUUGCCUCGGUCCUAAGCAAAGCUGCUGAGAAGGAUACUGGGAAAGACACUGAGAAGGGUGGGGGGAGGAGCAGCCAGAAUGCAGCGAGGAUGCAGCAGGAGCUGCUGGUCCUGGUGUCGGUGCUCGUAGCCCUGCUGCAACAAAUGGCCCCCACCAUCGCCCUCGCUCCUCUCAUCGGCAUCGGCUUUGGAACACUCAGUGCAAGAGGGGAGUUUGCCAUUCCGUCCCUCUCCCCUUCUCUCUCCAGCCUCUCAGUUCUGCUCGGGAUUGCUGUCUACUUCGCCCUGUGUCGCUGGUCCCCCAUUGCCUCACCUCAACGCGAGAUCAUAGGUGGAACGUGUCUGGCUGUCAGCUUCACUGCCGGUGCUCUCCUGCAGUGGCUGAUUCAGGUGCUCUCGCUCACUUUCAGGUGCUCUCUUCUCCUUUCAGGUGCUCUAUGA